AAACAAAUUAAUAAUGACACUACCCCCAACCCUUUCACCCCUAUAAACCAUUUCAUUCUCUACUCCACUUAUUUUUUCAACAAAAAAUUGCAACUUUUUUCUUGUGUCACUUUUUUCUUCUUGUCAAAGUGAUAAAGUUUUCAUCUUUUUGCGUUUCUUGAUCAAAUGAGCUAGAUUUGAGCUUCAUCUUUGAAAGAUAUGGAAGCCCAUGAGUCUGAUCUCUACUUUCUUUGAUUUUCUUGGGUUUUUGUAAGGUGAUUUCAAGAUUUUCAUUUUUCUUGAAACCCCACUUGUUGUUUUGCCUUAUUUUGUGUUUGAUUGAUGAAGAACUUAUCAAGUUUGAGUCUUUUUGUUGUUUUUGAAUCUGGGUCAUACUCAUUCUCAUACAAAGUUUGAGUCUUUAUAUAUAUAUAUAGUGGUGAAUAGUUGUUCUUCAGGGAUAAAGAGAAAGGGGGUGUUCAGAAAUGAGGUUUAUUUCAACUGGGCCACCAAUAAAAAAGAGAGCUGGUUUGAGGAUUAAGCAAGCAGGGAGAGGUUCAUACCGUGCAAGUUAGUUUAGAUUGUUAAAUUUAGAUUGGGUUGCAAAAUUUACAUUUAUUUAGAAGUUUUAAGAGACCCCUUGAAGAAAUUUUAGAAGAAUGGAGAGUACAUCAUUGAGGCAGUUGUUGCAGACCAUCUGCUACAGUUCUCCUUGGAAGUAUGUACUCUUUUGGAAGUUUCAGCAGCAUAACCAAAUGCUUCUGACAUUAGAAGAAGGCUACUGUCAAACUCCCCAAGAGAGAAAUUCCGCAGAAGGCAUAUCAGAUAAUAUCCGCUAUAACGAGUCACACAGAUUUUCUUCACCCAAAGAUAAGUACAAAUGCAACAAUGAAGAUAUGGGUACCGAUCCUGUGGAACUAGCUCUGGCUUACAUGUCAAGUGCUCAGCACACUUUGGGUGACGGUAUUGUUGGUGAGGUGGCACAUAACGGAAUCUACUACUGGACUUCUGCUGAUUGUAUGUCAAGUGGUGCAUUAAGCUUCAAACAUGAGUGUUCGAGCGAUUGGGUAUUUCAAUUUGCAGCAGGUAUCAAGACUGUUCUCCUGGUGCCGGUUCUUCCACAUGGAGUGCUACAACUUGGUUCACUGGAAAAGGUUGCUGAGGAUCAGGCAGUAGUUGCUAAUAUCAAAAAUAUGUUUUUCGCUUUUCAAGAACUUCUGGGGAAUUUUAACCUUGUCUCAGAGAAUAUGCAGUUGCCUUUUAAUUCAGCACCAUCAAUAAUGUGCCCUAUGGCAAAGAAUGUAAUGUCAGACCGGACCAUGAAUGGUAUAAAAUGUGAAAAACCAAAUGAGAUUUUCAGUAUCAGUCAACCAUACCACAUGUUCUCAAUGGAUCAGAUUACACAAUCAAACAGGGCUGAGAAUUCAGGAGGAAUAUACUUGGAUGAUGUGCUGAAAGUGUCUACUAGUUCUAUCGAAAAUGAUGCCAAAGUCCUAUCUAUCCAUUCCGCAGAAGAGCAUGAAGGCCUCGUACCACUUUGUCAGAGAUUUAAUUCCAACAUGAUCGGUAAUGAAAAUAGUUUCUUUAACUUUCCUCAUACUGGAGAACAGUUUCAGUCCGUGAAUGACAAUAUGGCGGCACUAGGCAGUUUUACUACAAAUAUAGUAUCUUGUUCAGAUUGGGUUGUUGGCACAAAGUCGCCAGUUUACAAGGAUUUCGAUAAUCUUGACACUUUCUUCAGCUUCCCAGAAGACUGUGAACUUCACAAGGCACUUGGUUCUACAACUAUGGGAUCCCACAGUAAAUUCUCAAGAAAUAGCCCUCCUUUGGCCGAGGAAGAGUACAAUUUUUCGAAUUUGAUAAGCAGUGGUAAUUUCAAUGGUUAUACUGAGCCAGCAGUCUUGGAAACAAGGGGGCCUAUAAUGAAAGAUGAUAAUGAACAUCUGUUAGAGUUUCUAUGUGCUGGUGCAGAUUUUAGCUUGGAAAAGGACGUAUCAGAUAGCUUUAGCAAUAUCAAGUCAUCUACAACCACACUGCAAUCUGCUUUUCCUAAACAACAAUGUCAAUCUGAAAGGCGUCCCUUGGUUGUGGAUGAUACAGAACAACAAAGCUGUGUGACAUCUUCUGUUAUGGAUAGAGUUAGAAAAGCAAGUGGCAUUUCUUCACCAUCGGCUUCUUCCUUUCAGAGUAUGACAAGUGCAUUGAUUGGAGAAGAGAAUCAGAAAAAAGGGCGGCCUCAUACACAUCCUAGAAAGGGGUCAAAAUUGUCCAAUGAUAGCAAAAGAAGAUCCAAAGCUGUCGAUAAUCAGAAGGCUAGACCACGAGAUAGGCAACUGAUCCAGGACCGUCUCAAAGAGUUGCGUGACUUAGUUCCAGAUGGUGUAAAGUGUAGCAUUGAUGGUCUUUUAGAUAAAACCAUACAACACAUGCUGUUCUUGAGAAGUGUUACGGAUCAGGCUGAUAAGCUUAGACAAGUAGUUCAUCGAGAGGCAGACCAAGAAAAGAACUGGAAAUCUGCUAACAGAAAUGACAGUCAAAAGGGGACAAGCUGGGCUUAUGAUCUGGGAAGCGAGCAACAACUAUGCCCCAUAGUAGUUGAAGAUCUUGGAUGCCCGGGAACAAUGCUAAUCGAGAUGGUAUGCGGUGAUCAUGGAAACUUCCUUGAUAUUGCUGAGGUAAUUCGUCGUUUGGAAUUGACUAUAUUGAAAGGUGGGAUGGAGAAUCACUCGGGUAGCACAUGGGCUCGCUUCAUUGUUGAAGUUCCAAGAGGUUUCCACAGAUUAGAUAUCUUCUGGCCACUGAUGCAACUUCUACAGUAAGAUGAUCUCAUCUAUAUAAAUUUGGUUUGUUUACUUGAAACACUCCCUUCUUGGACCUAUGUAGAUUUAAAUUAUUUGCUUGAACAUGAACUGGAUUGUUGUUGAUGCUUUCUUUGUAUUUUAAGUAGAGAAGGUAUAUAACAUCAGAUAUCCGAAAUGCUAUUUUAUUCGAAUUAUGUAUAUAUAUAUAUUCAGUCUUCAUUUCAA